UCCCCCGUCAAAUCGUGUCUAGCACUACAAACAACGUUUCCCUCUCUUCCUCGACACGCUUUUUGAGAACUUGAAAACCCUUCUCCGUCAUUCUCUCUCCAUAGAACACAGACACACAGAAGAGAAGGGAAGAGAAGAGAAGAAGAGUGAGCCAUGGCGAGCAAUCUCAAAGUAGAUGAACUCAGAGCUGAACUUACCAAACGAGGCUUAGAUGCUUCCGGCACUAAACCUAAACUGGUUGAGAGGAUAGCCGCAGUACUGCUUGAAGAAUCGAAAACACAAUCAUCUAAAGCUGAUGAUUCAGUUGGUAAUAAGAGAAAUAGUAGAAAAAGAUCUAGGGAUUCUCAAGAUGAUGGCGAUGAUCUUGUUACUGCUUCGACUGAUGGAAAGAUCAAAGAAGAAGAAGAAGAUGGUGCUAUUGUUGAUAUUGAGACGCUUCGUGGAAUGGGGGUUCGUGAGUUGCGAGAACAAGCUUCAAUUCGUGGGGUUUUGGCUAAAGGGACUAAGAAAGAACUAUUUGAGAGACUUUGUGCUGAUUUACAGAAGGAUUCGGGUUCGAUUACUCAAGAUAAAGGAGAAGUGAGUGAGGUGAAAGAGGAAAAGUUGGUUAAAGCCACCAAGAAAGGUGCUGCAGUUUUGGAUCAGUAUCUCCCUGACCAAUAUAAGACAAACUACCAUGUAUUGGAGCAUGGAGGUGAAAUCUAUGAUGCAAUGUUGAACCAAACAAAUGUCUCAGAUAAUAAUAACAAGUUCUACGUGAUUCAAGCUCUUGAAUCAGAUGUUGGUGGAGGUGGAGGUUUCAUGGUUUUCACUAGAUGGGGUCGAGUUGGAGUUAAAGGCCAGAACAAGUUACAGGGAUUCACCUCCAGAGAUGAAGCUAUUCAUGAGUUCGAACAAAGAUUUUACGCCAAGACAAAAAAUCUGUGGUCUGAUCGCAAGAAUUUUUUUUGUCACGAGAAACUCUACACUUGGUUGGAAAUGGAUUACAAAGAACCAGAAAAUGAAUCAGUUGUUCCAGAGAAGCCCAAGGACUCAUCAAUUCAACCACGAGGGACGAAACUGGAAUCUCGCAUUGCUAAGUUUAUCUCUCUUAUUUGUAAUGUCAGCAUGAUGAAGCAACAGAUGAUUGAAAUAGGAUACAAUGCUGAAAAGUUGCCUCUUGGUAAGCUAAGCAAAUCAACCAUUUUGAAGGGAUAUGAUGUCUUGAAGAGCAUUUCUGAGGCCAUGACUGCUAACCCAAAUAGGAAUACACUUGAGCAAUUGACUGGAGCCUUCUACACUGUUAUCCCUCAUGACUUCGGUUUUAAAAACAUGAGGGAGUUCAUUAUUGACACACCGCAGAAACUGAAAAACAAGAUAGAAAUGGUUGAAGCCCUAGGUGAAAUUGAGCUUGCGACUAAGUUGUUAAAGGAUGAUGAUGACAUGCAGGAAGAUCCACUAUACUCUCAUUACAAUCGUCUCCAGUGCGAAUUGCAAGCGAUUGAUGCUGGUUCAAAGGAAUACUCUGUGAUAGAGAAGUAUAUGAAGAACACUCAUGCAAAAACACAUUCAAGUUAUACUGUUGAUAUAGUUCAGUUAUUUAGGGUAUCCAGGAAGUGUGAAGAUGAGCGUUUCAGAAAGUUCUCUAACACCAAAAACAGAAUGCUUUUGUGGCAUGGUUCUCGACUUACUAACUGGACUGGAAUUCUGUCACAAGGAUUACGCAUUGCUCCUCCAGAAGCCCCAUCAACAGGUUACAUGUUCGGUAAAGGGGUUUAUUUUGCUGAUAUGUUCUCAAAAAGUGCAAAUUAUUGCUUCUCAUCUUCGUCGUCUACGGCGGGGGUGCUUCUUUUAUGUGAGGUUGCAUUGGGUGAGAUGGCUGAGCUACUACAGUCAGAUUAUAACGCUGAUAAGUUGCCACCCGGGAAGCUAAGCACAAAAGGGGUUGGUUCAACAGCGCCAGAUCCAUCAGAGUUUCAGGCACUUGAUGAUGGUGUUGUAGUGCCACUUGGGAAGCCAAAGGAGCAACGGGACCGGAAGGGUAGCUUGUUGUACAAUGAGUAUAUAGUCUACAAUGUGGAUCAGAUUCGAAUGCGGUAUCUCAUUCAUGUUAAUUUUAACUACGGGAGACGGUAAAGAAACCCGAGUCUAUCCAAAACUCAUCUGUAAUUAAGAAACCUCUCACUUCUCAUGAUGGUACAGUUAGUAAGGUUUGUUCUUUCAUUCCCCCAAAAUAACGAUGUAAAGAAUUACUAGUAGGAUCUCGGAGGCUUUUUAAUUUUUGAUAGUUCAGUUUUUUGUGCGUCUAUGGGGUAUUCAAGGGUGGCGACAGUGGAGUGUGUGAAGAGUCCAUAUGUUAUGAAGGUUUUUGAUUUGGUCCUGAAUCAGUUUAAGGCUGCCUUUGAUAUGGAUGGAAGAUGUUUUCUAAUUACCUAGAACGGAAAGUUAUUACUCUUUUUUUCUAUCAAUUUUCUUAGUUUUUUCUAUUCCCUAGAAUGUAUUCUGAGUUACUACAUCAUAUUUGUCAUUAUUUAGAAGAAGUAAAAUGUUUUAAAUUUUUAAAAGUGUUA